AAAGUUAACAACUUUAACAAGUGUUGUUAAAAAAAAUUUUUCAAUUUAGGAAUUAAAAUAAUUUUUUAAUAUAAAAAAAAAUGGGACAUUAUACGCGACUGUUGCUCGCGCAUUUCAUAUUUGUUAUUAUAGUUUUUAAGAAUGCCCACUGUGAUGCUCCGCUUGUUGAUUCAGCUUCAUUACCUCUUGAACACAGAUCAGUUUAUGGCCCGCCAGCGCCAUCACCAAUAUAUGGAGCACAAUCAUUAUUAGGAGCUGGAGGUGGUGGAGGAGGAGUUGGUGUUGGUGGUGCAGGUGGUGCUGUUGCUUUACCUAGUAGUGGACAUCCUAGUAAUGAAGUUGGUGAUGAUCCAUGGCCAUUGGCAGCAUCAAAUGAUAGUCCACAAAUAAAAAAUUUACAAGUACAAUGUGAAAAGACACAUAUGAGAGUUAAUAUUGAAUUUGAUCGUCCAUUUUAUGGUAUGAUAUUCUCAAAAGGUUUUUAUAGUGAUACACAUUGUGUACAUUUAAAACCUGGUACCGGACAUUUAAGUGCUACGUUUGAAAUUUUCUUAAAUAGUUGUGGUAUGACAAGUUCAGCAAAUCAUAAUGCUGUUGCCUAUGGUGCACCCACUCCAUCUGGUAGUUAUGUGGAAAAUACAAUAAUAAUACAAUAUGAUCCAUAUGUUCAAGAAGUAUGGGAUCAAGCUAGAAAAUUACGUUGUACUUGGUAUGAUUUUUAUGAAAAAGCUGUUACAUUCCGUCCAUUCCAAGUUGAUAUGUUACAUGCAGUAACAGCUAAUUUCUUAGGUGAUAACUUACAAUGUUGGAUGCAAAUUCAAGUUGGUAAAGGACCAUGGGCAUCAGAAGUGUCUGGAAUUGUUAAAAUCGGUCAAACAAUGACAAUGGUAUUGGCAAUUAAAGAUGAUGAAAAUAAAUUUGACAUGUUAGUAAGAAAUUGUGUUGCACAUGAUGGUAAACGUACACCAAUACAAUUAGUUGACCAACAUGGAUGUGUUGUCAGGCCAAAAAUAAUGAGUAAAUUCCAAAAAAUUAAAAACUUUGGACCAUCAGCAUCGGUUGUUUCAUUUGCAUAUUUCCAAGCAUUUAAAUUCCCCGAUUCAAUGAAUGUACAUUUCCAAUGUGUUAUACAAGUAUGUAGAUAUAAUUGUCCUGAACCAAAAUGCGGUCAUGGUGGUCCAGCUAUUUCUGCUGAAUAUGGUCCACCACAUGGCGGUAAUGGAAUUUCAUCAGAAUAUGGACCACCACAAUUACCUGGUUUAGAAUAUGAACGUAGUGAUUAUAAUUUGCCACCAGCAGCUUAUCCAGAUCCAAGGCAUCCAGCAGAUACAUCUGGUGCAUAUUCAGAAAAUCAACCAGAUGUUGUACCAUCACCCCAAGCUCAAACUGCCCAAACAUCUUCUGAAAGUAAUAAUAGUGCAAAUUCAAAUAAUGGUAAUCCAAGUGCACAACCACCACAAAAUGGACAACAACAACAACAGCAACAACAGCAAGGUGGACCAAAUGAUAUACAUUUACCACCACCACCACCGCCAGGACAUUCUGGUUAUAGUACUGUUAAUCGUAAAGAUGAUUUAGAUAAAUUAAAUAGUAAUUCAAUUUUAUUAGGUGGUGGACGUCCAAGAUCUGUUGAAGGUUUAGAUGAUUUACGUGGUUUAAGAAGAAAACGUCAAAUUUAUAAUGAUAUUGAUGACAAUGAAAUAUUUGAAUUUGUUAUUAAACCAAGAAUAUAUAAACGUGAUACUGGAACACAAGGUGAACAAGAAAUGACAGAUGUUAAUACAAGUCGAACAAUACAGGUUGUUGCACCCGGUGAUGUUAAUUUUGCAUUAGGUAGUAGCAAUAAUAAUAAUGAAACUGUUGUUAUACAAUCAGCAAGUAGAUCAGUUGAUUCAGAAACAAUUUGUAUGUCAGUGCCCAGUUUUGUGGGUGGUCUUGUUAUGCUUUUAUUAGUUUUAGCUGUAGCAUCUCUAGUCGCAGCAUUCCUAUUUGUUAGAGUGCGACAUUUUGAUCGUAAAGGUAUACAAAUGGCAUAUGUUAACUGAUUUAUAAUAGAGACACGAGAAUAAAAAAGUAAACAAAAAUUAGAUACUGUAUAGAAAAGAAAACAAAAAUAUAUUUAAAUUUCGAACAAAAAAAAAAAUAUAAUUAUAAUAUUAAUAAAUAUAUUUU